AUGCUUGUAAUGAAUUCAACGGAACCAAUUCUCGAAAGAGCUUUACUAAAUCCUCAACCAAACACCAAUGAAUAUUACGAUGCCAUCAAAAUUUUUGUUGCAAUCUGCGAAUUUCUUGAUCCUUAUGACUUGUUGAAAUUGGAGUGCGUUUGUAAAAAAUUCAAGGACUAUCUAAGAUCAAAGGAUAGUGAAGCUAUCGAAUUGUUAUGGAAGCACUCUAGAAACACUUACACGCCAUUCAAUGAUUACGAAGUAUUGACUGGAAUGUCUGAGAGAGAUUACACUAAAUUAUUAUGCAUUAAAAAUGGCUGCCAACGAUGUGGUAGAGGUCGUAAUAAUAUUUACAAUAAUACUUACAACAGUGAUAAUGUUUGUGUUUAUUUCAUACCAAAAGAACAAAAAUUUAUCGAACAGAUACCUAAUGUGCGCAAGGAAACUUUAAAAGCAAUUCCUACAGUAUCUCAUAAAGAUCCUUUGGGAAAGGGCGAAAAGCAAUAUUGGAUAUCGACUUAUUUUAAGGUCGAUCAAAUAUUAUCAAAAUUAUCUGCUAGAGAAAAAAUAGAAUUUCUUAUGGACAAGGAGGACGAGUCUAAAUUUUUAAUUGAGGAAGAUAGAAAACAAACUGAUGAAUUGAUUUUACAAUUAGCCACUAGAUUAUCGGAAAAUUCUAAUCUCUAUACUUUUUUCGAUGAAUAUCAACAUUCUAGUUAUAUGGCUAAUGACGAGUCAGACUUAUUAAUGAUUGGUAUGAAUCUUCAAUAUACAUAA